AUGGCGCUAGAUGGUGUACCGGCAAAAAUCAUCGCCAUGAUCAAGGCCUACUAUCGCUCCACUACUGCGAGAGUCCUGGUCCGUAACAAUCUUUCCCAACCGUUCGGUAUUCGGUCUGGCGUCCGACAGGGUUGUAUCCUGUCACCCAUACUGUUCAACUACGCUAUUGACCGGAUCCUCGGAAGGGCCCUAUGCGACAGUGACGGCGUUGAAUUUGCACCCGGAUAUCGACUGACUGAUCUCGACUAUGCCGAUGAUAUCGCCUUACUUGCUUCAAGUUUUGGUGAUCUGCAGUCUAUGGUGUCACGGGUGAACGAGGUCGCUAAAUCAGUCGGUUUGUCCAUAAACGCUGGGAAGACCAAAGUAUUCUCAAGCUGCAUCCUUGACCAGGAGAAGGCACCCCUGGGGAUUGAUGGCUGUCAACUUGAAGAAGUGGACAGUUUUAAAUACCUCGGGGCGCGGCUGCUGCCUAAUGGACAGAGUAAGGACGACAUUGUCUCCCGAAUCGAUGUUGCCCGCUGGGUUUUUUCAAGCCUUCGGAAAUGCCUGUGGAGCCGACGUGACCUAUCCAUCGCCACUAAGAUUCGCGUGUACCGUGCAUCUGUCCGGUCUGUCCUUCUCUACGGUUGUGAAUGCUGGGCUUUGCGCGUGGAGGACGAGCGAAAACUGGAGGUAUUUGACCACCACUGCUUGAGGAUCAUCCUUCGAGUGAAGUUAACCGACUUCGUCUCAAAUGAGACAGUCCGCGCUCGCUGCGACAACAUCGCAAGGAUAACUCAGGCCAUCCAAGAAAGACGACUGAAGUGGUUCGGGCAUGUUCUUCGUCGUCCACCUCAGGAGCUCAGUGUUACUGCCCUCGAUCCGGCACCGUUGCCCCAUUGGAGGCGUCGAAGAGGUGGUCAGUUCAAAACCUGGCUCGACACUGUCCGUCAAGACAUGGAGGUGGUUCUUGGACCUUCGGUAUUCGGUCUCCGUCGUUGGCGAAAAGAAUGGGUUGAGCUGUCUAGAUCUGCUGCCGCAGAUCGUCACUCGUGGAGAGGUACAGUUCGGGACGUCAUCGAGGCCGGCUAG